AUGGAUCCCAAACUCGACAUGAUGGCGCAGGACAAGCCCCAUCCGGAAGAAGCAGGCAAUGCCUUGUCAAGCUCGACUCUCAUUCCCGAUAGUCAGCUCGAAAAGCAAGUCCUCCGAAAGCUGGACUUGCGACUUGCACCACUUUUCGCGACCCUUUACUUUGUAGCGUACCUCGAUCGAAGCAAUAUCGGAAAUGCGGCUGUAGCCGGCCUGACCGAAGACCUUGGUCUGUCUGGUUCUCAGUUCAGCACCGCCGUCAGUGUCUUCUUUGCAACGUAUGUUGCAUUCGAGCUUCCGGUCGUCCUUGCGAUGAGGAAGCUUAAGCCACAUCGAGCUAUUUCUAUAAUGUGCUUUGGUUGGUCAGUCGUCACAAUUGGUACAGCAUUCACCAAACGGUUUGGGGACUUGGUGGCUGUUCGUCUUCUCCUGGGCUUGUGUGAAGCAGGCUUCUUUCCUUGCCUUUCUUUGUACAUCACGAUGGUUUAUAAACGGGAAGAGCAGGGUUUGCGAUUGGCAUACCUCUUCACUUCGGUCUCACUCGCUGGCAUGUUCGGAGGGUUGAUUGCAACGGCGAUUACCAAGAUUGGGCACAGCGCAGGGCUUAGAGCUUGGAGCUGGCUCUACAUUAUCGAGGGGCUGAUAUCCCUACUUGCUGUUACGUGGGUGUGGUUCGGAUUGCCGAAUGAUCCAACCCGAGCGAAGUUUUGGAAACCAGAAGAGAGAGAAGUGAUGCUUGCUCGAGAAGCGCAACGACAAGAGUAUUUGGGAAGUCAAGUAUUUGAAUGGAAGGAGGUCUUCAACGCCUUCAAAGACCCUAAAGUCUAUUCCACUGCUUUGAUUCAAUUCUUCCAGGACAUUAUCUUGUAUGGGUUCAGUACUUUCCUGCCUUCUAUCCUGCGACUUGAUCUGGGGUUCACCGCACUUGAGGCACAAUAUCUCAGCAUCCCAGUGUAUUUCGUGGGAGGUCUCAGCUUUUUUACAGCUGCUAUUCUUGGAGACAAGUGGAGGCUUCGAGGAACGUUCCUUCUGGGCCUUGACGUGUUUGCGGUCGUUGGGUAUGCGAUCCUUCUUGGUGUUGCAAAUAGUCCUGGCAUCCGAUACUUUGCGUGCUACCUCAUCGCUAUCCCGCUUUACUGCGGACCCGGUCUCAACGAAAUCUGGAUCAAUAACAACAUGGCUCCUCAUUACCGGCGAGCCACAGCGAUUGGGUUGCAGCAGACUAUCGGAAAUAUUGCCGGCAUAGUUGCUCCUCAACCCUCCGAGAUCACAAGCCCCCGUAACAGCUGUUUCCAGUACGCACCUCACGAUGACGUAUCGCAGCGUCUGAUGGCCUCCUUCUUCAGGGAGCAAUACCCUUACAACAUGUACAUCUAUCGAGAGUACUUUCUUCGCGACUACGAUGUUGGGACUGGUCGCUACUAUUCCGAUUUCCUUCUUUUCGCAAUAUGCGCCAUGGGAUCCCUUGCGACUGGCGACCCUCAAGACAUACAACUUUUUGAUGUGUUUUCUGCUCAGGCUCAACAGCUGCUGUACUCGGCUCUCGACCGGCCUGACCUCACUAGCUUGCAGGCUCUACUUCUUCUCGGUCAAUGCGAGAUUGGGCGUGGUCGUGCUUCGAAAGGUUGGUUGUUCUGUGGCAUGGCAUUUCGUUUAGCCCACGAGAUGGGUCUACACCUGGACCCGAAUAACUGGAACAGAACCUCUGAGCCAGAUGUUGAUCGAGAGAUUUUGCGCCGCGCCUACUGGGCCGCCUUCAUUGUCGACAAGCAGCUGAGUCUCUACUUUGGACGACCGCCAGCUCUGUAUUUGUAUGAAUCAGAUGUUCGGAAUACCGUUAGACUCCCAUACCCGCCUGACUGGGAAGGGCUGCUCGACACAUAUAUCGCGCCCGGCCUGUCCGUUACGGCGUUCGAAGACGGGAUUGCUCUCGUUGGGGCCUUGAUUCAUCAAGCUGAACUGUCAAAGAUCCAACAUAGUAUCAUUACCGAACUCUUCGAAAAUCGUCGGUCGAGAACACACAAUGCCAACACCGCUGCAACUGUUCAGAAGAUUCAUGUCUCCUUGACAAAGUGGCUGGCAAGCCUACCCGGGAAGCUUUACUGGAAUCAAUGGACAGUUGGUCAAGUCCCAGCGUGUGUCCUUCAUCUACAGUGA